AUGCCAAUAUCUGGUGUUUAUUUAUGUCAAGAUGAUACAGGGAUGACACUUAUGGAGAAUAUACGGCAAAGAUUGCUUUUAUUUUUGGCACAAAGUAUAGGACGCUGGUCUAUGACAUACAAACUCUAUACAAGACCUAAAAAGCAUCUUUAUAUGGUUUCUUUAUCUUUUUGUCCAGAAGUUACUUUUUGUAAGACUCAACAAAUAUCAGUCAAGAUGGAUGGAGAUUUUGAACAGAUGAUCAUAAAAACAAAGUUAUGGAACAUAAGACAGAUGUUUCAGCUUGAAGGAGAUGUUUAUGAAAUCAAUGAUUUUAUUGUUCGUAUAGCAAGUACAGAUAAAGGUCUGGUGAUUAAUAUUGAAUAUACAACAUGUGAUACAAUUUCUCAGGGACAUAUAGCAAUAGAAAACCUUUUGAUUGAAUGUUUAAUUCCUACAUUUAAAAAUGUCUGUAUUCGCUCAUCAUAUAAUGAAGUUGCUUCAAAUGAUCUAAAAUCAACUUUAACAUCUGGUUUUCAGUUUAUAGAUGUUUUAAAAUUAGAAUAA